AUGGAUGCUACUAAGGAGGUGCCCAUUGCUGGCAAUGAGGGAGAUAAUGCUGCUGCUGCUGCUGACAUUGAUCUCAACCUUGAGGAUUUCGUGGUUGACAUGGAGAUCAAUGGAAGUGAAGCUGACCUUGAUGCUGAUGCUGAAAAUGAGGAUGGGGCUGGCUCUGACGAGGGUGUUUCCAAUGAGACUGAGGACAUCGCUGUUAAGCUCCAGACUCAAAUCACAGAGCAGAAUAUCCUCAUUGGGGAGCAGCAGUGCCGCAUCCAAAACUUGGAGGCUGAUUCUGUGAAGCUUCAGGCCUUGAUUGAGCAGCUGACCAGGGAGGUGCAGUUGAUUCCUAAGGGAAACGACACCUCCAGCUUCAUUCAGGACCUGCAGACCACUCUCCAGUUCGUACAGGAUCAGCUCAAGUAG